UAAUCAAUGACACUGAAGUUUAAGGAGGGUAGGUGAAGAGAGAGGGGUAGGUGGGUUGUACCAUCCAAGAGAUGCCUGCUUCACUCUGCUAAAGAGUCAAGAGACACCCACCUCAGCUGUCCUGCACCUCCUGGUUACACCUGCCCUUUGAAGGAAAAGUGUGAAAAGCAGAAACAGAAAACUUCUUGAAUUGGUGUAGAAAAUCAUAAAUUUUUUUUUUUAAAAAGAUGAGGUGGCAGAUUGUGUUAUUAUUUGGAGCUGCGUUCAGCAUUCCUCAAGUACUGGCAAGCCUUCCACCUAAAGAAGAUUUGUGUGAAAUUAUUGUGGAUGCCAAGGUAGAGCAGGAGUGCCUGAGGUGCUUCACUGAGGCUGGACUGAUUAGUGAGCAUCCGGAGAAGGUGAGAAAAUGUGUAGCAACAUAUUUGCCCCCUGACCUUGCUGAGUGCAGUGUUCCUCAUGCUGAGGGGCCAAAUAUUGUCAGGAUCCAACAGGGAGGAGGGAAUCACCAUCAUAACCAUACCAAUGCUAACUUUAUUCCUGUUUGCCUUAAAAGAAGACUCCGAAGGCUUCAUACUUAUAUAAAGAAGGAAGAUAGAUUUUUUAGCCAGGCUAGUUCUGGAGUGGAGUACAUUGUGAAAUCAAAGUUGGUAAAGCAUGGAGGCCCUACCAUUCUAAGUGUCAAUGCCAUGAAUGCUAUCGUUCAGUAUGUGGAUAACAAGGGAAUGAUGCAGGAGUCUGUUGCUUACUGUGAAGAUAAGUUUAGCAGCAAUGAAUUGUACUACUGGGAAAGGGACCUAAGGGAGGAGACAUAUGAUUCUAUACUGGAAGACUUGAUGAAGGAAGAGGAGGAAGAGAAGAUAGAAGAGGGUGACAAAAUGGUUGGUGGGACUGAAGAAAACAAUGGAUUGAUGAAGUUAUAUUCCACACAGACACCUGUGAGACGUCCAAGCAGAAAUAACCUUCCAUAUGGUGGCACAAAUAUGCUUGCUAGAGUAGUUAUGCUACAAAAAUGCAUUGUCACAUCUUUGAUGGAACGUGGAGAAGGACCAGACCUUCUGGAGCUUAUAAUGCAGGAAAAUUUCUACGAUCCUAUUCCUGCCUGGUUGGUGAGGCCAUUGUUGACAGUUGCCAAAAAUGGUGCUGGUGAACAAGAAUAACUCCAUGAGAAGACCACUAAAGAGAACAACAGAUGUAGAAAAUUUGAAAAGAGGAAUUAAAAAAAGAAAAUUAAUAUCGUACAAAUUAUGAAGGAUGAUUGUCAUUUCAUGAAGUAUUGUAGUAUAGUUGAUAGCAUUCUAAGGUGAUAAUGAAAGACAAUUCAUGGAGUCAAUAACCAUUGUUUACUUUCACUAUCUGGUUUCAGGACAGUAUUAAACAUUCUGAUACAAUCUAUUGAACACUAACAAUAAAUAAGAUUAAAUAA